ACAGAAGCUUUAACCACAAUGUGAUCUAUGGAAGUAGAUAUAGCAUCAUCUAGGAUCACUUAUUUGGAUACUACAUUACCUUAUCUAACUACCGACCACUUUGACCUCCAUGGAAGCAAAUUCACUUUACCAAAUUGGUGAAAAAUGAACUGUCCCUUGAACCACUAAUUACAAGGGCAUUGACCAAAUCUGAAAAACUAAGACCUAACAGAGGAAAUCCAAUCUAAGACCUUGCUGGAGAUCACCACUUGAUUGACAUUCAUAACUUGGAUCAUACCAACUCAUCGCCAAAGCGCAUGCUUCCCCAUCAGGUCCCGCCCAAAUAUCAGUCCUACCCGAGCCUUAUUCUGUGGAUUCCAAGUCUAAAGAACCACUAAAUGAGAAAAUACUUUAGUAGGCAGCUUCUUUUCAACACAGAAACAGGUUCCCACCAAUAUUUGACUCAAAUUUUCACCAAUUUUAACGUUUUAAGAUGGAAUCACCGGUAGACGUGUAAUAUCAUGCAGAAUCAAGAUAUUGAAUUUUGUUUAAAUUAAUAACCCUUAGCUUUUUGCUUAUAAGAUGUCCCCUUAGCUUUUUGCUUAUAAGAUGUCCCCUUUACUUAAGUUGCAAUCAUUUGUACCUCUUACUCCGUCAUGUGGGCAAGAUAAAACUUGCUCAAAGCGUAUGAAUGUUUAAGAUCUAAAACCUAAGUUUCGUAUUUAACACAUUAUCUUUAAUUGACUUACGAGCAGAUGGAAAAAGCCAUCAGGUCAACUCUUCAUUCCAAAGUCUACCCUGUUUAUGUACAUUAACGUGAAAGUUCUCCUUUGACUUUGCCUAAUACACUCCAAAUACCUUGUUAUUUAUUCUUGUACACCUUGUAAUAAACUGUUGCAAAACCCUUAACGCUCACAACCUCUCUCUCUCUCUCUCCCUCUCCCUCCAAUAUGGGCACUAAUGACCAAAAGAGCAAGAAAGAAGAAGAACACCCAAUGAUCUCAAAGCCCUCGAGAUUGGUUAUCUUACAAAAGGGUUAUCAUCUCUUAGGCUCACUCGUUUUCAUCACUGGUUUCUCAAUUGGUCUCGUUCUUUGUCUGCAACUAAAGUCCCUCCACAUGUCGACUUCCAAGACACAACAACAACCUUUAUGGUCCACGUUACUAUUCAACCACACAACAACGGUAGAGACCAAACAGGAGUUACAACUACAAGUACUUCAACACAACAUGAGUGAUCAAGAACUCUUCACCAGAGUCUCCUCAUUAUCAUCAUCAUCAUCUUCAUGGUUUGGGUGGAGACAUAAUAACGAUGAGAAGAUGGGUGUGAAAGUGGCGUUCAUGUUCUUGACAGGUCGCGGACUCCCAUUGGCUUCUUUAUGGGAUAAGUUCUUUGAAGGACAUGCAGGGUUUUAUUCCAUAUAUGUGCAUACUAAUCCAUCUUUUCAAGAUCAUUACCCUGAAACAUCCGUCUUCUACUCAAGAAGAAUCCCAAGCCAGGCGGUCUAUUGGGGAACAUCAUCAAUGGUAGACGCAGAGAGAAGACUAUUAGCCAACGCUCUCCUCGACGAAUCAAACCAAAGAUUCGUCCUCUUGUCCGAUUCUUGCAUCCCACUUUACAAUUUCACAACCAUCUAUGACUACUUAACGGGCACUAAUCUCAGCUUCAUCGGCUCAUUCGACGACCCAAGAAAAUCCGGUCGAGGCCGGUACAACCCCCAAAUGCAUCCACAAAUCAAUAUCACACAUUGGCGUAAAGGAUCACAAUGGUUUGAAACCACACGCGAGCUAGCUCUUCACAUAAUCUCAGACACAGUUUAUUACAAGAUAUUCGACCAGCAUUGCAAACCGCCUUGUUACAUGGACGAACAUUACAUCCCAACUCUCGUUCAUAUGUUGCAUGGAGAGAUGAGCUCAAACCGGACCUUGACUUGGGUCGAUUGGUCGAAAGCCGGUCCACAUCCUGGCCGGUUUAUUUGGCCUGAUAUCACUGAUGAGUUUCUUAACCGUAUACGGUUUACGGAUGAGUGUGCGUAUUAUGGUCAUGAUGGUGAUAAUAUUACAACUUCGAAAUGUUUUUUAUUUGCGAGGAAAUUCACAAAAGAGACUUUAGAACCUUUGUUAAGAAUCUCUCCUGCAGUUCUUGGCUUUGGUCCGUAAUCACUUCAGUCUUUGUAAUUUUUUCAGUUAGUAAAUAUUAUUAUGCUAAUAAAGCGAUAAUUUUAGAAUUUAUAUCUUGCAACCAUAUCUUUGUCAUUCCACCAAAAAAUUGUUUG